AUGAAAAAUUUCUACAAUUUAUCCAUAGUCCUAUUAUAUAUUCACAUAUAUUUUAUAAGGAAUAAAUAUGUAAAAAAAGUAUUCUUAGCUGAAAAACAACCUGAUUCUGAUUCAAAAUCAUAUUAUGAGAAAGACGAUAAUGAUGAUGAUAAUCUUGAUGCUGCUAUAAAUCUUUUGUCUCUUAAAUAUACAGAACAUAAAUCAGAAGAAGUGGGUGCAGUUGUGGAACAAGAAGAAUUGGGUGCAGUUGUGGAACAAGAAGAAUUGGGGGCGUUUGGGGAUGGAGAAGAAUUGGGAGUAGCUGGAGGACCAGAAGAAGUGGGUGUAGUUUGGGAAGAAGAAGAAUUGGGCGCGUUUGGGGAAGCAGAAGAAUUGGGCGCGUUUGGAGGAGCAGAAGAAGUGGGAGAAUUGGGGGUACUAGAAGAAAUGGGAGAAGUUGAGGGGUCAAAAGAAACGGAGUUUUAUAUUCAGAACAAUAGAAGAAAAAGAUUAUAUGCAAGAAAAACACAGUUUGAUGUUAUAGAAACUAAAAAUGACAAGGAGACCGAAGAAGAAGCAAAAACCAAGGAUCAAAAGGAUGAAUUACCUGAAAAUGAAACAAGCCCAAGUGAACCAUUAUCAAAAGAUAUACCAGAAAAAGAACAGGAGAAUGUGUGUAACCCUGAUUUAGAAGAGUUUAGAAGCGUGCUACAGGAAUUGCAAGAAAAAGAUACAGAAUUAGAUAUUGAAACAAUAGAGGAAUAUUUAAGUGUAGGGGUGAAUAAAAUAAGAGAGAUUUCUGAAUUACACAAAGAAUAUCCUUUAUAUUUGGGGAAAAAAAUUGAUUUUGUAAAUAUUCGUAAACCUUUUGGGAUCGAAGAGGAAAACACUGGCGAUAAAAGCGAAUAUGAAUUACAGGAAAGGCUAUAUUUUGAUGACUUCUGUUAUAUGCCAUUAUUUGAAUUUUUAAAUAAUACAAAGAUUGAAAAUUUAUCUCUUACAACUGUAUAUUCUCUUUAUAACAGAGAAGGCAUUAAUCACUUUCCAUGUAGCAAUUCACUGUUGAAAUAUCUUAGUUUAAAAAAUCCAGAGUUUGAUAUAGAAAAUUUUCUAAGAGUUAAUGUAGAUUUGUAUCUAUCACAGGAAAAGUGUGAAGUGUGUAAUUUUGAUGAUCCUAAAUUUCGUUUAAUAAAAGAAAAAAAUGUAGAAAAUAAAUUUGUAAUUAAAGAAUUGGUGGUGGCACAUUCUACGAGGUCUUUAACUUAUGAUGAAAAAAGAAUAAUAAAAAGUAUAAUUUUUCACCAAAUUAAGCACAUAUCACACAUAAAAAGUGCAUUAACUUCGUUUGCCGAAAAAAUAAAAAAAAUUAAAAGUGAUUCAAGAAUUCUUUUUGAUUAUUUUCCUGUACAUAGAAACUUUUUAUAUAAGGAUGAUAUUCUAUGCACAUGUCUACAUUAUAUAACAUGUUAUAGUAUGGUAUUACUUAAACCAUUAUAUGACAAAGCUGCUAGAGGACAAAGCAUAAGCUAUAGGGAAUUUUAUAUUGUUUCUGUUAAAAUAAAUUACAUAUUUGCUCAACUAGAGUUUGUACAACAUAAUUCACAUCUGUAUCAGGUUUUCUGUAAUAUUUAUAAAAACAUGAACCCUUUUUACCCCCGUUUGAAAACAGUUGACGAUAUAACACCUAUUUUUAAUUAUUUAACAGUCCGACGUCAAUUAUUUUGUAUACUUUUUAAUAUAUCUAAAUUUUUUUCAAAAAUGAUAUCUUGUGAACAAAUAGCAACUCAUUAUGAACUAGACAUUCAUCCUAAACUUUUAAAAUUACUUUUUUCAGUAGAAUGUACACAUAAUAAUGCGAAACAACUGCUUAAAAGUUGA